AUGAUCAUAUUUCUGCCGGUCCACUAUUUAUUUAUGCAGGCAUAUUUCGCGAUGAUACCUACCUACCUACAAACACAAAUUCACGCGAGCUAUAGUCAGUUCCUUUCAGACCGCGCGCGGAGGAGGUCGUGUCGCUUCUCACGGAGGUACUACGAAAAUAUAUCACUCGCAGUGGAAACUAAAAAGUAAAACUUAAAAUAGUGUUAUGUGUGUGUGAUAAAUUACAAAAAUCUUUGAAAAAUAAAUAGUGUUCUUACAGUGUUAACGUACCGUAUUUGUUUUUAACGUGAAAAAUUUUAUCGUGAGUGCGGUUGAAAUGUAUAAUUAGUGUUUCUGAGUUAGUGUCAGUGUGUCAGUUAUUAAAUUAGUCCGUUUAAAAAUUAAGAUUGAUACCGGAUUGCAAAGGAAAGGAUCACUGAUUAAUAAAAUUUUCCUGAAUGCUUGAAAACCGUCAGAGUUGAAGCAGAAAUAUACCAAAGUAAGCAUCGACUUUCGAACAUCAGCUGUAGAAAUAGAAUACUCAUACGGGACUCAUGGCAUAAUUGAUGAAAGUAUAAUGGCAACUGAAAGUCAAGUGUCGAAACUGGAUUGCAGAUUAUAAUAUUAUUUUGACACCAAUGCGUCGGCUGACGAUAACACUCCAGGUAUGCGACGGCACGAAGAAAUGACCAACAUCACAGCAAAAUGGACUAUAAGUACUGGACGACAUGGAUGAGAAUCGCGUGCAUACAACUCGCGCUGCUCACCACCACGGUGGCAGACUUCACAACAGAGUGCCAGAGGCCGUGCGACUGUAGAUGGCAGUCCGGGAACAAAGCCGCAAUCUGUUCCAACUCUAGUUUGAAAGUUAUUCCCGCAAACCUGAGCAACGACAUACAAAUACUAGACCUAUCCAACAACAAUCUACAACAACUACAUCAAGAAGCAUUCAAAAAAGUUGGCCUAAGCAACCUUAAAAAACUAUUCCUCAAAGAGUGCAACAUCGAAGUUGUUCAUAAAACUGCGUUCGUUACUCUCGCAAUCAUGAUCGAACUAGAUUUAUCGAAGAACAGAAUCAGAUCACUGCACCCCGAUACGUUCAAAGGCACGGAGAAGCUGAGAUUAAUAAACUUAAGUAACAACUUCAUCGAUAAGUUGGACGACGGCAUAUUUCGCAAUUUGAAGUUUCUUCAGAAAGUAGAGGCGAGCAACAAUAGGAUACACCGUAUAGGAACUAAGGCGUUCGUCAACUUGCCGCAGUUGAAAAUAUUGCGGUUCAAUGGGAAUAAUUUGAACCAUAUGAAGCCGGAAACUUUGAUGGGCUUGAGGAACUUGUCCGGGUUGGAUUUACACAACAAUCCAUGGCGUUGCGACUGCAAUCUUCAGACGUUCCGGGACUGGGUGAUCAGUCACAACCUGUACACCCCCCCCACGUCGUGUGCCGAACCGGCAUCCGUACAAGACAAACUUUGGAAUGAAUUAGAUUCGUCGAACUUCGCGUGCCGGCCGACAAUACUCGAGCCCGUGCCAGACGCAACGGUGAAAAGUUACGAUGAAAACGUGACUCUGACUUGCAAAGUAGUGGGGAACCCACCACCUGAAGUCGGUUGGCGGUUUAACGGGAAAACUAUUGAGAUGAAGGCGUUUGGAGAGAUAAGGUACACGGUAGCGGAGAACACUAUGGAUUUGAUUCGAUGGGUGAAUCUGACGAUAAUAUAUGCGAGGUAUAGUGAUAGAGGGAACUACACGUGUGUCGCUGAGAACCCGGGGGGCCGGGACGAGAAGACAUUGACCCUAGUGCUUUCAAGAUACGGAGGGGUUGGUACCAUAGCUGGUAUGGAUACUGAUUCCUUCGCGAUUUUAGUUGGCUGUCUAACAGCUAUAGUUAUAAUUUUUGGAGCUGCCCUAGUAGUCUGUUACUUUACUACCCAAAACAAUGAAAUUAAAAGACUGAUUAAGAACGAUACUCGUUCGUCUAAUGGGGACGUGUUAAUAGAGGCGUCAGAAGCUUCUGAGCCGGAGAAGGCGUUGAAGAUGGAGGUGAACCCUGUGUCGAAGCCGCCGCGGAAGUAUGAGGCGCCGCAGUCCUUCACUAGUGAAGCUACAGAGAUGUCGGAACUGAAUAGGACAUUACUAGACAACGAAUCUGUGUUAGCAUCUACUGAGGACAACAGCCGGCAUCAAGAGGUGGAACUUCCAAAAAUAUCCCAUGAGGCCUUACUCAUGGACCGCCUAGCUCAAGAGCAUCAAGCGUACCCUCCAGACCUCCUCGCAUUCCCUCUCAGAGGGACCCAAGUCUCUCCUGCUGGUGGACCUUCCCAAGACACAGAAAGUCCAAUCAAAUCACCGGUGUAUGGGGUGACUGCCAUUAAUCCUGCCCUCUACAGCAGGUUUCAAGGUCAAAACUUCCAAGGAUCGAUUCCUCUCAUCAGUUCAAAGGGCUACGUCACCUUACCAAGGAGACCUAGAAUGGUUCCUGACAGCAGUCUUCGUCCACAAGUGUUCUCUACCCUGAAUGGUGUUAUCCCAUACUAUGACACUUUUAAUAUGAGGUUCUUCAACCACGGUGGUAACUACUACAGUUUGAACAAAAGCGAGAUUGAUUUGGGUCCCAUAGGGAAGAUGCCUUCGUACCCUGACGAUGAGGAGCCAGCCCCGUCUCCUGCACCAGGAACUCCUCACGCAACGAUACCGAGAAACAGCUUGAGUUCUCCCAAUAUUCAUAAUCAGCUGCUGACUUUGCAGGCUAUGUCUGCGAAUCAGUUUAUAAAAUCGGAACAGAGGCCUUUAAAAGUGACCCUGGCAGAAAACGAGGGCCUAUUAAAGAACCGUGAUUUUAGAUCGGGUUAUUCAGUGAACGUUGUUAGUGGGACCUUAGGAAGGUCCAGGACUGCUCCCAAACCCCCUCCUAAGCCGCGAAAGAAAAACGCAUGUGAAGUGAAAGAACAAUUUUUGAUGAACGCUGGUGAAAAUGCCACCCAAGUGUAGAUUAAAUUGUGAUGUAUGAACAUUUUGUAUAAAGAUAUGUAACUAUACUUAUGGAAUAAAUCGGAUUUGGUUUUGAAAUAUUCUUAGCAAACAUAAUGAUAAUUUUGGACCACGAGCAGAUAAGGACUAUGAAGCAAGUACAAAGAGGAGAUGCCAUGAUAUGGGUGUGCACUGUGACAAAACAAAUAGGCUCUACUAAGUAAAAAGGUGUAGAUAGGUUAUAAGCGCUCAAAAAGUGGCACAUUAAAAUGUAGACAAUUGGCAACGUGUGUGUAAUAUGAAACAGGGGCUGCAUAUUGAAAAAUAAAGAGGCACGUGGUUUGUAACGUCCCGCGCUCUCCGUAAAGUAUCAGGCAUUAUGUUAAAGGGAAAUUCAGUUAUGACAUCUCCUCUAUGUAUUUGCUUCAUGAUAAGAACACACUUACUUUUCCAAUCAAAUUAAAAGUGGACAAACCUAUUACUUUACAUUGAAUACCUAACUAGUUAAAUAUUGAUUUAGUAAAAAAAGUAAGAUCCUUGUAAAUUUAAUCGACUUAAAAAACCAAUCUCCGCAUCAAAAAACUAGAACAAUAGCGAAAUCACAGUCUAUAAAAUUAGACGCUUUUAAUAUUAAACUUCCUGGAGAAAAUUUAAUAGAACUACUGAUUAAUAUACGAGUGGUUGCAAGUGCGACUGCCAGGCAAGGGGUCCCAGUUCGAUCCCCGGGUCGAGCGAAGUAUUACUGGGUUUUUUUCGGUUUUUUCAAAAUUUAUCAGUGGUAACACGGAGUCUGGAAAUAUGUCCGGUAUA